CAAAAUCUGUUUAUUAUAAAAGAUUACUAAAAAGUUUCGGCUCACAUCAUGACUGAAAUAAAAUUGUUAAUUACAAAAGAAGUAAUUUGUCACAAACUUUAAAAGUAGACUCACAAUCAAUUACAAACGAUUUGCAAACGAAAUACGCUAAGAGAAAUUAAAAAUAAUCGAAUGUCCAGUGUUUUACAUCACUGCACGUGGGAAACACUUUCAUGGUAUAAAUUAGAUAUCAAUAUGCAUGUAUUAAAGCCAUAUAAAAAAUGUUUACACCUAUUAAGAAAAAGGAGAAAAGAUAGUACAUCAGAUGAUAAUUCACAGAACGAUAAUCAAUCAUCUACAAAAAUGGAUACACCUGUAAAAAAUGCUAGGAGAGAUGAAACAUUAACAGAAAAUGUUAUGAAAGAUAUAUUAAAUACAACAGACAGUGAUACUAAGAAGUGUCAAUAUUCCAAGGAUAGCUAUAUAAAUAAAGAGGAAGAUCCAACUGUGAUGAAACAUAACAACAAAGACAAUAAAAUAAUGAGUGACAGCCAAAAAUCAUUAAUUAGCGUCCGUAAAAUAGAAGAUUUAUGUAAAACUCCACAGAAAAAUAAUGUAUCUAACAAUUUAGAAAACACAGAAAAUAUUAAAGAAGAAAAUAUAAAUAGUCCUAAUAUUUCUAGCCCCUUUAUUUCAAACAUAAAUUCAUUGGAAUGGAAUUCUCAAAGUAUUAAAUCUUUAUUAGAAACACCUAUGGCUUGUAAAAAAGAAAUGCAUGAUUUUGAUAAUAAUACACCUAACAGACAAAAAAAAAGAAAAUUUAGUCUUGAUGUAAGUGACAUUGAUCAGAUGUCUGAUCCACUGAAAUUAGAAUUCUUACCAGAUAUGGAAGCUAUUGAUAUGUUGCAUGAUUUAAAUUCUAUAAUAGACUUUGAAGACAUAAAAAUACCUCCAGAUAUUUUCACUUCAACAGCUAACAAUACCAUGCACAAUGAGUAUGAUGUAGAAAUAUCCAAAGAUCCACUAACUGAUCCUCUUUAUAUUACAAGUAAUGAUGAGCAUGAUUUAACUGCUGAAAAUGUUAAUUAUAAAAACAAGAGGAAACGAAUAAAAAAUCCGCGAAGUACAAAUAGACAAGUCAAGAAUGAAGAGUCUAGUGCCCAACAUAAUGCUAAAAGUGCUGAAAAAUCGAAACCCGAUACUAAUUAUCUAAAAGAUAUCUUAGGAGAGUUGGAUAUUGAAUUAGAAUCGGAAACGGAAAAUGAAGAAAAAACAUUUGAACCUGAUUUACGGAAAUUGUAUAAUUUGCAAGUAAAGAUAAUACACGAUGUACCGAAACAACAUACAAUUGAACAUACAUCAGGUACAAGAGCAUUAACAAGAUCUGAAAAACAACUAUUUUUAGAAUAUGGUCCAAUAAAAAGUGGUACGUUUUCACCUAAAGAAGAUAAAAUCAUUUUGAAUAAUUGGAAAACAUUUUGUGAGAUUCAUGAAUGGGAUCCGAAACACGUGAAGCCAUUUAUAUGUAUGAAAUACGGUACAAAAUUUUAUAUGAGAACCAAGGAACAAAGGAGAAAAUUUGUUCAGUUUCUAGGAAAUGGUUUACCAUGGAGACCAUUAUUUAGUAUUUAUCGUCGGUUUAGAUAUCUACAUGAAGAUCACGCAAAAAGUUUCACUAGAUAUACAUUAUACGAAGAUCAACAAAUUUUAUCUCAUAUGAAGAAAAAGAAAAAGAAAAAGAAAUCAAAUACAACAUUUGCCGAACUAGCGAAAAUGUUAGGUCGUUCAAGUCACUCGAUAAGGUUGCGCUAUAAGCUACUAAAAAAGAUGAGGGGAGAUAAAAAAAAAAACCCAUUAUCAGAAGUUACAUGGACUUUAUCAUUAGUUGGUGAGUUCAUAAAAUCCUUCGUGGAUAUAACAUUAUGCGAGAAUGUAAUUGAAUUAAAAGAUGCAAGCAUUCCCAAAGUAGUUUGGUUAAAAUUGGAAGAAAAACUGAACAUAGAUCACGAUGUAUUGAAACUAUUCUGGAUAUAUCAGUUACACAUGCAAUUAUUUUGUCCGGAACCUAUUUAUUUAAAUGACAUAAAAAUAAAACUGAUCGAGUACAUCUAUGAAAAAGGAAUCGGACAUACAAGAGAAAUAAUUUGGCCUAAGGUUGCAAAAUUUUUUGAUGGAAUCACUACUAUAUUUUUAUGUAAAACAUUUUGUAAUCUUGUAGCAGAAGCUAGUACAAAACUUGAUACAAGUAACUUCAGUGACAAAAUGCGAUAGUCGUUCAGUAAUUCACUGCUUUCGAGACUUUGAAAACGAAUUUCUCUAACGCUGUGAAUAUGAUAAAACAAUGAAGGGCAAGGAUAGCGAUGAGGUGAGCAACAAUGUAAAUGAUAAUAAAAAAAUUGCGAAGAAAACAUUGCUCUGUUAGGCCUCAUAAUUCUCCUCGCUUCGCCGGUCUACUAUAAUCCCAGAUAAUUAUCGCCCAUCAAUGACAUGCGUGCUUUCUUCGCAAUCUACUUAGGUGCGAAAUAAACACAAUACAGCUGUACAUUCACUGUUAACGUGCAAGACAGUGUGGGGUAUUCAGGUACGUCGGUCGCUUCUAACAAAAUAUCAUCGAAUGGCUAUUGGACGUGCAAUAAAAAAGGCAUUUACUUAUUUAUUCUUUUUUGUAUUAUAGGUUUCGCUGCUUGAACCCAUUGAUCCCCAGGCGGACACGGACCUAAAUCCAUUGGUCCAUCUUUUAAUCCAUCUAACUCAUAUAAUCGUCCGUCAAUUGGUACGUAGCUAACAAAGUGAAAUACAUCAUCAUCUUUAGAUGCUUGCUUUGAAUCAUAUUCAAACAAUGUUUGCCUGUAAUAAAGGAGCAUUAUUUUGUAUAAUUUCAGCAAUUCACAUUUGACACUAUCAAUAGAUGUGUUAAAGUAGCACAUUAGAAGUACCUUGAAAAAGAAUUAUGCACUUCUCUUAUCACAUCAGAAUUACUAAGAGCAAGUCCUCUCAUGUUGGCAUCAAAGCUUUGACAAAAGUUUUUGAAUUCCUCCAAAUUUGGCCCCAAUGAUAUAUCAGAAUGUUUACAAUUUAAUAAUACACUUAAUAUUGCUUGAGUUGCACAAGCAUUAUUAAUCACCUAAAAAGAACAAGAAACAUUAAUUUGCAUUAUAGUUUACAAUUAUUGAAAUGAUGACAUUUGAUGGAAGUCAUAAUGAUACCUGUUUUGCAAAAAAUAUUUUGUCCAGUCUAUUGUCUAAAACAAUAUUUCCAGAAGGUUCAUCAUCUUGCACCCAUUUGAAUAAAAAUAUCAAACCAUGUAUAGGCCUGAAACAUAAAUGAUAAAAAUAGUAUGUAAAAUACUAUUAACUGGUAAAUAUUCUUUCCAGGUGAUACAUUUAUACUUCUGGAAAUUUCUAUUUUGUUUUUAUAUGAAAUUUUUAACUUUAAAGCAUUAUAAACUGCAUAAUAUCAAAAGUGUCAUUUAGUAUUGUCAUUGUAUUCCCACACAGGUUAUGUCAUAUAAAUAGAAUACUCACUUUAAAUUAUCGAAUUGUUCAUCAUCCAAACUCCAUAAUUCUUCCACUUGAGCUCCUUUAACACCUUAAAAAA